GAAGCAGGUCAAGGAGCAGGCAACAACAAUCGACGAGGUGAAAGCUUUCUACAAGAACGAGCGGUUCCGGAGAAGGAGGGUGAGCUGUCGCUAUUCGAUUGCACCCUGGACCCCAGCAACAGCAGCGGGUGGAGGAGGGUGACCAAGGAGAAUGCGCUCAAGAAGGCUAAGCUGUGGUCGAAGGAGAGAUGGG